UGCACGAGCAGGAAGACAGAGCCGUCCUCGCUGUGUUGUUGACCUUCGAACCCCUGCCAGCUUAUUACACAACGCAUUCAUUUAGCCGACGGCACGAGCACGAACCAAACCCUCGGGUCCGCGCGGUGGUUCGCUCCGAGGACGCUCCCCCGCUACGCGACGACGUCACGUCGUCUGGCCGCGCAGCUCGUGGUGCAGCCUGGGAGUGUCUGAGGAGUGACCGCUCAGAUAAGGCAGCCCUGCCCCGCUGUUUCUCACUAUAUCACGGGACAGCGGCAUGCCAGAGAGCCACUGAGCUGCUGCGUAUCAUUUUACAGCGUUUAGAGAGAGGAGGCUCGGCUCGGCGCGGCGCGGUGCGGCUGACAGCGGACUGAGCGAUCAUGUGGCUGCCUAUGAUUGGGAUGACGGCCCUGCCGCACCUCGGCGGGUUUUACGGCGGCUACAUCACACGCAAGGAAGUGAAGACCUGGUACCCUACACUGCAGAAACCAUGGUGGCGCCCACCCAAUUCAGCAUUCCCCGUGGUGUGGGCAUGUCUGUACACGGGCAUGGGGUACAGCUCCUACCUGGUCUGGAAAGAGCUGGGAGGCUUCACCGAGAAAGCCGUGGUCCCGCUGGGACUUUAUGGCACGCAGCUUGUGCUGAACUGGGCUUGGACUCCUAUUUUCUUUGGCGCGCACAAGUUGAAAUGGGCCUUCUUUGAGAUCGUCGUCCUCACUGGGACUGUGGCAGCCACCAUGGUGUCCUGGUAUCCCAUCAGCCAGAAGGCCACUCUGCUCAUGGCGCCCUACCUGGCCUGGAUGUUCCUCGCCACCAGCCUCAGCUACCGCAUAUGGAGAGACAACCCCGAGACGAAAGAGGAGUAAAAGAGUCCCCUGUUGUCUUGAAGAAGCCUUGUAAAUCAUUUUCUAGUUCUUGCACCUUCUCCAUUGCUUCGCCCUUGGCCUCAUUAACUUCUUGAUAUCAGAGGGUUAACAUUAAAAUGCUGGCCUUUUGAAAUACCACGGGACCUAUUUAGAAGCCCUGCAUUCAGAGUUUUUUGAUCUUUCUGAUACAUUUUUAUCAGUCAAAUCAAAUAGCGAUGGAAGAAAGUGUAUGUACAGGAAGCUCCGUUAUGUCAUUCAGAUUUAAUAAAAUCCAGCCAGGUCACUUACCUGCAACACAGACGAGGUCACAGGGUUCAAAUGAGAUUAAUGAAAUGUUUUUUUUGUGAUGGAUUUUUGUAUUAAAAAAAAUCACUUUUCUAUUGAGAAUGUGAGUUUAUAAUUGAAAAUGUUCAUCUGUGGCAUUCAUCUGCUUGAUUCCAUAUAUUAAAAUAAAUAAAAGCAAAAACUUGAAUGUUGUUUUUUUUUUAUCAAACUUUCAACAAGUUGGAUGUGUCAUUAAUCCACAUACUAUAACUACAAAAAAAUUACAACUACGUUAAAAACAACUGUUUUAUAAUCUUUGUCCAAUCACCUGCUAAGUUUUAAAGAAGGUGUGUAGCUGUAGAGGUCUUCACUCUGGCCUCAUGGCGAUUAUUGUUCCUGCUUUGAGUCCAGGAUUUGCAUGUUUUCCCGGUGGCUGUAUUGAAUUUCUCCUAGUAUGCUAAUUCAUCCUCCUCUGUCUGAAAACAUGUUUGUUCUUCAUCUUAGCGUUUGUCACAUCCGGGUUAGAACCUGUUUUCUGCUUAUUUUCAGCUGGGAUGUCAAGAUGACUCUGUAUCAACUCAUGUUUUACUGCAGUAAAGAAAGCAC